AUGGCGGUAACAAGGUCGUCUACUACUUGUGAUGGUUUGUUAAUCACCAGCCUUCUUGUUGUCGUUUCUUCAUUGUUUGGGACAUCCUCUGCGCAGUUAAACGCAACGUUUUACUCCGAGACGUGCCCUAACGCAUCUGCCAUCGUUCGCAACACUAUUCAACAAGCUCUUCAAUCCGAUCCAAGAAUCGGAGGCAGCCUAAUCCGUCUUCAUUUUCACGACUGCUUUGUGAACGGUUGCGACGGGUCGCUCUUGCUUGACGACAGUGGAAGCAUCCAGAGCGAGAAGAAUGCUGCCCCCAAUGCAAACUCUGCUAGAGGAUUCAACGUUGUCGAUAAUAUCAAGACUGCCCUAGAGAACGCUUGCCCUGGCGUUGUCUCUUGCUCUGACGUUUUAGCUCUUGCCUCAGAGGCCUCGGUUUCUUUGGCAGGAGGGCCUACAUGGACUGUCUUAUUAGGAAGAAGAGAUGGCCUCACCGCGAACCAGGCCGGGGCAAAUUCGUCCCUUCCCUCACCAUUCGAAGGCCUUAACAACAUCACAUCUAAAUUUUCAGCUGUGGGGCUAAAUAUAACCGAUCUAGUAGCCCUGUCUGGAGCGCAUACUUUUGGACGUGCAAACUGCACAACCUUCAACAAUAGACUAUUCAACUUCAACGGGACAGGUAAUCCCGACCCGACUCUGAACUCAACACUUCUCAGCAGUCUUCAACAGAUUUGUCCUCAAAACGGCAGCGGAUCAGGGAUCACCAAUCUCGACCUGAGCACACCUGAUGCGUUCGAUAAUAAUUACUUCACCAACCUUCAGAGCAACAAUGGUCUUCUACAGUCUGACCAAGAACUGUUCUCUGAUACCGGUUCGCCCACCAUUGCGAUUGUUACUUCCUUCGCAAGUAACCAAACUCUGUUUUUCGAGGCCUUUGCUCAGUCCAUGAUCAAAAUGGGGAAUAUAAGUCCCUUGACGGGGACUAGUGGAGAGAUUAGACAAGAUUGUAAGGUGGUUAAUGGACAGUCAGCUACUGAAGCAGAGGACAUUCAGUUACAGUCUGACUCCGUUCAGGAAGCAGUGAGUUUAGCAGAUAUGUGA